UACAAUCUUCCGCAGUGUAAGAUCUCGAUCCCAAUUUUCGAGCGGGGAUUUGUUAACGACAAAUCGGGCCUUCGCGAGCUUGUUCACAUGUGGAAAUGCAAGAGAAGCAGCGGGCAAAUAGUGUUGCCCAUAUUUGAUGAAGUGGGACCCUUGGAAGUGCAACUUCUUGAAGGGGAAUCUAUAGAAGAAUUCUCUAGACUUGAAGGUCGGGUGGACGAAAUGGAACUAGGGGAAUGGAGAAAAGCGCUCGCCGAAGUGGGUUCCUUGAGAGGAUGGGAAGCAGAGAAAUUUGCCUAUGGGAAGAAAGGAGCAUUGCUUGAACUAGUUGUCGCACGAGUUGUGAGCUUGUUGAAAACAACUUUCAAGCAUCCCAUAGAGUUGGUUGGAAUUGAUGAUUAUGUGAAAUAUAUUAUGAGCUCAAUAGAUCCUAAAUAUAAUGAUACAAGAAUUAUCGGAAUUUGUGGAGUGCGUGGAAGCGGUAAGACAACUCUUGCUAAGGUCCUGUGGAACAAUCUCUCUGGUGAUUUCGAACAUCUUAGCUUUGUACGAAAUAUUCGAGAAGUAUCACUACGCAUGGGUAUUGAGUACUUACAAGACCAGCUCAUUUGUGAUAUACUAAGAAGUCCACAUAUAGUGUCUAAUGUCGACAAGGGAAUCGGCAUUACUAAAUCUCAAUUUUCAAGUAAGAAAGUCCUCGUUAUUCUUGAUGACAUGGAUGAUGAUAUUCACUUAAAUGCCUUGGUCGGAGAUGGUAAUUAGUUAAAAGCUGGGAGUAUAGUCAUAAUAACUACAAGAAACAUGAGUAUUCUUGAUAAGGCCAAUGCAGACCCCAAGUACAAACUCAACGAGUUGACUCGGUAUCAAGCAUUGACCUUAUUUAGUAGACAUUUAUUUGGAAAGGAUUCUCCUCCCGAGGCUUAUAAGUCUCUAUCCUGGGAUGUCGUAUCUGGUAUAAAGAGGAUUCCCCUAAUUGUUGAACAUAUAGGUUCAGCCUUCCGCCAAAAGAGAGAAGAACUAUGGAAAGAUACAUUUAAGAAAUUAAAGGACGAUGUGUAUAACAAUAACCUGCAAGACCUGCUGCAUAUAACUUACGAAAGUUUAGAUCAUGAGCAACAACAGAUAUUUUUGGAUAUUGCAUGUUUUUUCAUUGGAUCAUCCAAACAAAUUCCGACUUAUAUGUGGGAUUCCUGUGGUUUUUUACCAAAGAGGGGGAUUGAAGCAUUGAUCGAUAGUUCCCUAAUUGGAAUUGACAAAGAUGACAAACUAAUAAUGGAUGAUCAAUCGAGAGAUUUUGGAAGGAAAAUUGUUUAUCUAGAACAUCAAGAGGAGUUUCAAUUGCACAGUCGAUUAUGGAUUUAUGAGCAAGCCCUGCAUGUGCUUGACAACAACAAGACGGCAACAAAUGUCAAAGUCCUCAACCUUUCGAGUUGUCCAUUUUCAAGAACUCUUGACUUGUUUGCUUUCAAAAGCUUGGAGAUUUUGAUUCUUGAAAACUGUGAGAAUUUGGAAGAGAUUCAUCCUUCUAUCGAGGAUAGCAAAUCCCUUGUCUCCUUGAAUAUCGGUGGUUGUAGGAGACUGGAGAAGCUACCCAUUGGAGUUGGUAGAUUGGAAGAAUUGAAGGAGCUUCUCAUAAAUGACACUGCUAUACAAGAAAUUCCGAUGUCGGGAGAUGGUUUGAUGAAAUUGGAGACUCUAAAUGCCUCGUGUUGUGGGAGAUUGGAGGAACUACCUGCAGGAGUAGGUAGAAUGGAAAAAUUGAGGGAACUUGUCAUAAAUGACACUGCUAUACGAGAGAUUCCGAUGUCGAAAUGGGGUUUGAAGGAGCUACAUACUCUAAAUGUCUCAGGUUGUAGGAGUCUAGAGGAGCUUCCGAUUGGAGUAGAAGGACUGGAAAAAUUGAGGGAGCUUCUUAUAAAUGACACUGCUAUACGAAAGAUUCCAAUAGGGAGACAUGGUUUUCGAGAGCUAAAGACUAUGUGUGCCUCAUAUUGUGAAGAACUUGCUCAACUUCCAAUACCUUCUAGGUCCCUUUGGUUAUUAACUAAGCUAGAUCUAUCUCAUUCUGGGAUUGAAGAAUUUCCAGAAGGCAUUGUCAAUCUUAGGUCUUUAACUCAAUUGGACCUAUCUUAUUCAUGGGUUGAAAAAUUACCAAGAUCCUUCAAAUCCCUUGUCUAUUUAAGUCAAUUGAACCUAUCUCAUUCAGGGAUUAGAGAAUUUCCAAAUUUCGAGGGCUACAUGAAGUGGUUAACUCAUUUGGACCUAUCUCAUACAGGGAUUGAAGAAUUACCAAAAUCCAUGAACUCCCUGAAAGAGGUAACUCAUUUGAACUUAUCUUAUUUAGGGAUUAAACGGUUACCCCAAUCCAUGGAAGACCUCGUGUCUCUACAACACCUGUUAUUACGAGGAUGUUAUUUGUUAAGACACUUACUUGAUUCAAUCGAAAGGUUGACAUCAUUGACUAAGUUGGAUUUGCAAUCUACAAGAAUUGUGGAGUUACCCCCUGAAAUGCGGAAUAUGAAGAACUUAAAGAUCUUGGGACAUUCGUGGAACUAAUGUAACAAGAUUGCCUGAUUGAUUCAGUUUUGCCCUACCUAAUCUCGAGAUAUGUUGGGAACAAAUGUGAUGUCAUAUGUCUGAUCAAUUCAGAUCAUGUUAUGUUACUCUACAUCUAGAUUUGCAAGCUUCGAUAUCGUGAUGUUGUAUUAGUUGAUUCAUAGUUUUUGAAUGAUUCUUCAAUAUGAUUGAAUUAGAACACAUCACUGUCUCGAAUCACUUGAAGAUUAUGCCAUACUGCUUACUUUUUGAAUCGCCUCUAGGUCAGAUCUCUCAUGUAAAACUACGUGUGAGCUUCUGAUUUUCUGGCCAGACUAAAUAAAAGGAAUAGGGCAUUGCGAGUUUUCAAAGCAAAGAGAAGAAUUGAGACUCGAAGAUCAUAUUCGGCUGAAUUCAUUCGAGAAUCAGCUGAAUUUGUUUUUACCCAGCGUCUAAACCUCAAAAUCCAGACAGCUAUGUUUCAGUGUGUAACCUCAGUGUCUGUGCACAAAAAUCGACUCCCACAUGUGAAAUACAUUCGCGAUAGAUGAACCAUUAGAAACGACUCUUAUGAUGAGACGAGAUCAGUGUCGCAUCGCACAAAUCCUGUGUAUGCUCUUCGCGAAUUCCAUGGAUAAUUCGCACGAUUACCUGUGAAAAAAAUCAGAUUUCUGGGAGGCCGGAAAUAGUAGCAACAGAAGUUUCGAUCAAGAGAAUGUGUCAAACACAGCAUGGAGCUCAGGACAGGAUGGCUGCAGAGGUUCCCUUUAACAUCCCAAGCAUCUCUGCUAGACGAUCUUCUGGGGGGUCAUUUGGGUCUUGGAGCAAGUUGAUGAUGAGGAUGCUGAGAUGGCUUUGAAUGGAAGGGUUUUGUAGGAUGAGUGCUCGAGUCGAGCCGCGUAGCUUAUGUUUUAAGGAUAGCCUGGGCUGGUACUGGUGAGAUUACCAUAACCCCUCAAAUUCAUAGGAUAUACAGUUGGGAAGGGAGGCAUUCCAGCCCAACAUACUCCCAUCCUCGCCUUGCAUAGAUCAUGCCGAAAUGGAAAAUCGAAGUAACAUGCCCACCCGCACAGGAUGAGAAUACUGGUGGUGGGCCAAUGCCGGAACAAUGCUUUGGGCGGCGGCGGCAGCAGUGGCGUUCCACGGUCUUCAAGCAGGGCAUCGGCCUCCAUUCAUCCCAAUUGCGGGUGGGAUUUGGUCUGGAUUGUGGAUUGCUUCUUCAUGCCCCAGGCGAUGCCAAAAAAUGGCUUCGUGAUCGAUGGAGCCGACCUCCCAUGGCCGUGGCUAUGGAGUUCACCGGCCUCAUGUGAUCGUAGAUCUCCAUUGGAAUGAAUCGACAGAGGUGAGAGAUACAAUUUACACGCACAGGCCAUCUUUGAAAUGGAGAAAUCUAUACCCAUCCUCCCCAACUAUUCCUCGGUUAUAAAUUUUGGGGAUGAACUUGGUAGGAGAGAGGCAAUUCACACCAGCAACAUGAAUCUGCGAUGUUGAGAGGGAGGUGAAUCUACGUACGAGCUUGUCGGCGUUGAUGGUGAGUGAGGAUUGCAUUUGAAGAACCGGGUUGGACCCGGAAUGAAUUCUUCCGAGUUCCGUUGUUCGUCGAAGUCCGCUCUCGCAAGAAUCGGUCAAAGAUGAUCGACCGCACGCGGCACCACAUCUGGCUCCAUCAUCGCUGGCUCAACCUUAUCGCAGCUUCGUCGAGAGAAAAAGGGGAGUGAGAAGACCAAGAACCAAGAAGACACGAACCGCCAAUGAAGAAGAAGAAGAAGAAGAAGAAGCAGAUGAUGAAGAAGAAGAGAGGGGAGAAGGGAUCUCCAUUCAGUUCCCAAGAGAGGGAGAGAGAGUGCAAGAAUGGCGGCGAGAAUGAGAGCGAGGCUGUCAUGUGAGCAAAAGAUGAAACCUUUAGAUACGUUUUCUUGGCUCAUGAGAUUAGUUCCAGCAUAAGCACUACCGGACACAGUGGCAGAUUCAUGUUGCUGGUGUGAGAAACUGUGGAACUCUUCCUCAAAAUGGAUGCUUCACAUCUGGUUUCGGCGCACGCAUGCUAAUCACUUGUUUGUUGCCUCUAUAUUCUGUGGUCGAUUUAAUAGCUAUAUCUCCCUUCUAUUAUAAAUCAUUCUGUAAUUCCAUCUCGCUUGUGUGGAUAUAUAGAAAAUUGUUCGGCUGAAUUCUGAUUCCUAGUGACCUAGAUCGGUUUAGCUAAAAUCAAGCGCAUUUGGUUGCCUUGCCCUCUUGCUUCCUUUGAUAUUUCAUCUUAUUGCUAUCUUUGUGUGCAACUUGUCCAUUUGUUUUAGUCUUACCUCAUAAGCGGACAUAUAUAGCGUGUUUCUAGAUGAAGGGUCAGGAUUUAAGAGAUAUUUCAUGAGGUAUGGAGAAGUUUUUUGUGUUGUACCUGCUGUUGUUGGAGCUGUAUUUGGUUGCUUUUGAUUGCUGAUUAGGAAGAAUUCUUGUAUGCUAGAAAUUUAAUGGGUUUAUGAACCCAAUACGGAAAAGAAAGUUACUCUCUCUAACGAAUUACUUGAGCUUUUACGGUAUAGUCACAUAAGCAUAUAGGUGCCAACGAUUGCAUGAGUUCUGAGCUUGUAAAAGGCUAACUGCAAGAUAUCUGAUCUGAUCACUCGUGGCAGUUAAUAAAGAAUAAAAGAAAAAGUUCUCGCUCGUCUGACAGGGAUUGUUUACAACUGGUACAAACAUGAAUUUUGGUGCAGCUAAGAAGAUGAGAACAAUGAAUAAAUCCCAGUCGCAGAGAGUAACAAUGAUGGACUUCCUGUAUUUGAAUGAAUUUCCCUGGGGUUGCCAAACUCAACAGAGGUUCUUAGUUAACAUUGCUUGCUUUAUGCUGGAUUCGGUUGAAGCAAGUUUGUACUCCCUGCUCUCUCUCUCUCUCUCUCGGAUAACUUAAUAGCUCAUAGAUGUGGGACUUCUUUCUAGCACUCGUGAGAUAAGCACACGUUAAAUUUCAUAAGAAGGAUGGCUUAUUACUCCCAACUUGGUCUUGUAGUCCAGGGAUGCAUCACUUCUAGGUUAAGGAGUAGCUUGAAGUUCUGAAUGAUGACUCGCAGCAUGUACUUUUGUUUUUUACUUGCAGCAUGUACUUUCCAAGCACGAAGUCAUUGCUUCUGGAACUUCAGUUCAGUUGGAGAAAACCUGGCCAAAAUCUUCUGGCUCCACACCAAAUGUCAAAGGUCCUCUACUUGAUUUUAGAGAUAACAGCAAAGAGCCUAAUGAGAGGUAACUGGUUCAUAAGUCAUGAUUCCUGAAUAUAAACCCCAAAUACUUGUUAUGUAGCAAGAUAUGAAGUUCAGCUAAGUCCCGUUAACUGUCACAUUGCUACUCUCAUGAUAAGUUGACUUGCAUAUUGUUUGCUAAUUUUCAGCUGUUUGGUAUAGAUUUCAUAGUUAUUUAUUCAGGAUAGUGGUGUCUUCUUGGGGUAGUUAAAGGAGUUCAUCAUCUAUGUUUCUAAUUUGUUUGGUGUAGCUUUUUCACAGUAGAUGCAGCUGUCAAAAAGUGUGUCUCAACUUUUAUGGGCUGUUUGGCAAAUUCUUCAAAGCUGCAGCACCCUCAAAGCUGCAGCAGUCAUAAAAGUUUCUGGAGCAGUGCCUCACCCAGAUUUUCAUUGCGAAUGUGCUUGUGUUAUUGUUGUGGUUUUUGAAGCAAUAUAGUAAUCAUAAGGUGUUGGUCCCACUUUGGCUCUGAGGAAAUGUUUGGUAGCGUUGAAAUAGAUGCAUUUAAUUAAUACCAGUAUAAGGGCACAAACAUAUGUAAGUGCGAGAAGGGAUAGAAGGAAAAAGGAUCUAGUAAGUGGUUAUCAGCUAUUAAGGAGAAGAAAGAAUGGUGAAGAAAGUGAAGAAAGUGGAUAAAUGGUUAUCUAAGAAGAGAUAAGGGGGAAAUUUGCUCAUGUUCAACAAUUAUGGUGACCUUAUGACUAUAAAAAACUGAACUUCUCACAAAGAGCAAAUUAUGGGAUAUUACAGUUCAAUUUGAUAUUUAAAAGCUGCUCACAAGUUUUUAAUGAAUGUAAAGAAAGGUUCUAUGUGGGUGUGUCUUUUGCAAUUUCGAGGUUCAAUGCCUUGGGAUGCUUAUAUCAGGAAAUAGUUACUCAAAGAGUUCCUUAGAGUGUAUUUGAAGAUCCAUGUUCUGUUGUCGCCUAGAAACAGUAGAUAUGAGAAGCAGAAGCCAGUCAAACAAGAAUCAUGAGCCACCCGAAGCAGUCUAAUAGUUUUCAAUGCUGAAAAAGGUCCAGAGUACGAGAAUAUGCUUGUAAUAAUUUGGGAAAUUUUUUAUUAUGCUAAUUCUGUGUCUUGUUUGGUUCACUAAAGUGAAGAUGCAUUAGAGGUUUUAAACGUUGUGGAUGAACUUAUUUUUUAUUAAAGCACCGUCUAUAAUCUGACAUACCUACUGUGGAAGUUUCCUAUUUUAGUGUUUUCUUGAUCCUAUGAAAUCUUGUCAUUUGAGUGUAUAGGUGAUGUGGUAACCUUGUUUGCUUUGUGCAAUCUGUUUCCGUUCAGUCACAGGAAGAUGCAUUAGAGGUUUUAAACGUUGUGGAUGAACUUAUUUUUUAUUAAAGCAGUGUCUAUAAUCUGACAUACCACAUACCUACUGUGGAAGUUUCGUAUCUUAGUGUUUUCUUGAUCCUAUGAAAUCUUGUCAUUUGAGUGUAUAGAUGAUGUGGUAACCUUGUUUACUUUGUGCAAUAUGUUUCCGUUCAGUCACAGGAAGGAGAUUUUAGUAAGGGGAGCAAUUUACGUUAUUCUGUUGUAUUGACUGAGAAUUGCAUUUGCAUAACUACACUUUGUUUUCUUGGAAAAGUUUGUUCAUUUUAUGGAGUAUCUGAAUUGAUUUGCAUAUUGUAUGGAUAGGAACUCUGCUCUAGCUCCUUACGAAGUCUUUUGUCCUGGAUUAAAAUGCUUGUUGGAUCUUUGUCUACUGCAGAUCAGUCGGGUUUUUUUUUUUUUUUUUUUUUGUCUUAUUAGUUAUUGGAGACAAUUAUAAGGAAUUGUGGAGACAUUGUUCAUAUGCAUGUAGCUGAGGGAGAAGUUCUUCAUGAGAUGGUGAAAAUAGUGAAGAAGAAGGUAAGAAAUUUUAAUGCAUUUGGAUGCUGAAAGGUACCUGUUGGCUAAAACUUCAUGGUAUUCCUGAUUCUUUAGCCUGAUAUCCAUGUCAAAGAGAAGAUACUGAUUUUGAUAGAUACUUGGCGAGAAGAUGGCGAGAAGCUUUUGGAGGACCGAGGGCUAGAUAUCCUCGAUACCAUGCUGCCUACCAGGGGUUGCUGCGAGCAGGAGCAGUGUUCCCUCAGAGAGAGGAGGCUCCUGCGCUGGUUUUUACACCUCCACAGACAGAACCUCUUUCAUCAUAUCCGUAAAAUAUCCGCAAUGCUGAUUUCUGGCCAGAGCCAUCUUAGUCUUCUGCUGAGUCUGAGUUUCCCACAUUGAGCUUGACAGAAAUACAGAAUGCACAGAGGAUCAUGGAUGUGCUUGCGGAAAUGCUGAAUGCCAUAGAUGCUGGAAACAAGGAGGGGCUUAGGCAGGAGAUCAUUGUUAACUUGGUAGACCAGUGCUCCACCUGCAAGCAGAGAGUGGUGCACCUUGUAAAUUCAACAUCAUAAGGCUCAGAUGCCCUUUUUGCUGAAUGUAUUUUGAUGCUUGUCAUCUUCUCCAGCUUUCCUUUUUGGUGUUUAAAUACUCUUGCUACCAUGUCCAUAGGUGGGACAUUUUAGUGGUUGUCCUUUUUCUUCAUUUGGUGACGAGGAAACAUUUAUAUAUGUUUUCUUUGCUUAUGUGAAGUUCAAUAGCUAUAUCUCUGUUUUAUAAUAAAUUGUUUUGUAUUUUAUCUAACUUGUGUGGAUAUCAACUUUUGUCUUAUCUGGUGAAGAGGAUACUAUAAUAGACAAUUGCUUGACUGAUUUCUGAUUCUUAAUGACCGUAAUUAGUUUAGCUAAAAUCAGUGUAUUCAUAUGCCUUGUCCUGUUGCUUCCUUUGAUAAUUCAUCUGAUUGCUAUCUUUGUGGUGCAAAUUGUCCAUUUUAGUAGCAUAAAUGGACGUAUAGCAUGUUGAUAUUGUAGAUAACAGCACAAAGCCUGAUGAAAGGUAACUGGUUCCUUCGAAGCCAGAGGACAAGCUAUUUGGAGAUCUCGUUGAUAUGGCUAAAGUGAAAUCGUCUGCAAAAUCUACUCCAGGCAGAGCUGGUAGCAUGUAGCAGUAGUAUUUGCCAACAAUGUUUUGCUUGUUAAGCUGAUUUCUUUUGAUUUUCUUAUUUCAAAAUUUUCUAUUAUACAUAUUUGGCAGUUUUUUCUGUUUGUGGCCGUGUAUUGGCACUACUUGUUUGGCAUUGAGAUCAUGUACAUUCUUUGUAAAGGGAAAGAAAAGGAAAUCUCCUCGACCUUUUAUCUCUUAUCGGGGCAGAACCGUUAAUAAGUGCACGUCAUUAAGUUGAUAUAA